AUGAACGUGACCAACAUAUUUCUGGACCACUUACGACAAAACGACCAUGUGGAAUCCGUGCCUCAGAUGAUCCAGACCCCAUCGGGAAUGGCCAUUGUGGAAAUCCAGGGAGAAGUGGUCAGUAAGGCACAUUUGCAGGAGGGAUCAAGACGCGUUGGAUCCAUUGAAUUUGAAGAGAAAAAAGCCACUCUGGUGAUUGACGGGAAACAGCGAAUGCGAGGAUCGAUAAAGAAGCUCGACAAGCCUCUGGGGCUGCUCAAAAUGGACCCCGAAAACCGGCAUCAGGUAGAUCUCAUUGAGAUUGUCACCCACAAGGUCUCCUUCACAGACAUUCCCGAGCCUGUUGGAGCGGAGGAGUAG